AGAAAAUAAUUUGACUAUCUGUACUAAUACCACGGUUCAUCGAAUUGUGUUUUCAGAUGAAAAUGGAGUUCCUCGCGUUGAUAAAGUUAUUUUUGGAAGUUCUGGUCUGAAAUCUUCGAGGAUCUUUGAGGCUAAAGUGAAGAAGGAGGUUAUCAUUUGCUCUGGUGCACUGGGUUCACCUCAAGUUUUAAUGUUAAGGUAUGCGAACUUUGUAUUUCAGAAUUUAAAUGAGGAAUUCUAACAAUUGAAAUCAGCGGUACUGGUCCUCGUGAACAUCUGGAAGAACACAAUAUUAAAGUCAUACAUGAAAUGAUUUAUCUGGUGUUGGCUCCAAUUUAGUAAGUUUCACCCCUUGAAAUAGACGAUUGAACUCUUACUAAUCGAAGAUAUUAGACGGAUCAGCCAAGUAUACCUGUUGCAUGGGAAGUACCAAUCGAAGAGUCAAUCACUCGAGUUGUUGUAUCUCCCUUAAAAGCCGCUGUUGAACUCUGCAAGUAUCUUCUCUUCGGAACCGGCGUCAUGAGUUUUCCAUCUCAAACACUAAGCUUCUCCAUCCGAUCCAAAUAUCUCAAUGAAGAUUCUACUGGACCACUCAUCGAACAUUGUCCAUCCGCAGAUACACCUGAGUCAGCAACAAUCAAAAGUGAAAAUCUACAUUCCACAAAAUCUGAAGAUUUAAUUCCAGACAUCGAACUUAUGCCUCUACCCACAAGUGCCAUGGACGACAUGGAAGAAAACCAAUCUAGCUUCUCCAAAAUAGGGAUCUUCUGCAUCCUCGCCACAAUCUGCAAUCCUCAAUCCCGCGGUAGCGUUCGUCUGACAUCCUCAUCCCCCUCAUUCCUUCCGCGCCGUCGAUUUCGGAAUAUUAUCCCACCCAACGGACCUAAUAACUGCGCAACGCGCCGUCCACCUCGCCCUCUCAUUCGGCAAAACCAUGCUUUCCUCCGGAUUCCCCCUCCUCCGUCCCAUAACCUUCCUGUCCGGAAACCAGAAUCUCGAUAUCGAGAAUGGAAAUCAAGAACAAAUGAAUCAAUUCAUACGUCAUCAGAUCCGAAAUACUUUUCACUAUUCAUCGACAUGUCGGAUGGGUUCUGAGAGCCAUGAAGAGGCCCCGGGGGUUGUAUUACGUGUUCGUGGGGUGAGGGGUGUUAGGAUCGCCGAUACGAGUGUUUUUCCUAGGAUUGUGAGUCAUCAUCCUAUGGCUCCUGCUGUGAUGGCCGCGGAAAGAUGUGCGGAUUUCAUCGUCGAUGAUGCGAGUAAAGAUUGAAGAGUGGGUGAAGGAUUGAAUGUAGUCAUACAGAGGAUAGUCCUUAGUAGAGAGAGAUAAGAGUUUGUAUUACGACUAGAUGCGUUUCAAAGCAUCUGCCGAAGUAAUACGAGGUCAUUUCCAAUGUAUCAGAUAACGAUCAUGCAGCUCCCACGAUGACAUUACCGUUGAAUUUUCGAUCGUAGCUGUUAAGGUUCGAUGGUCGUGGUAACUUGAUGUCAUAUUGCGUCUUUUCAUUCUUAUCUUGGAAUUAUCAUCGCUGAUUCACUAAUAACCGUUCUUAAGAAUCCUCCGGCUCAAUGUGCAGC